AUGCCGUUACAAGACAUCCGUAUACCUAUGCCCAGGAAGCAACAGAAAAAGAAAAUCAGAGCUGUUUCUGAACUCAAGCAGCUGGAACAGGAACUACAAGGAGAAAGAAUCAUACGCAAUCAAGGGCUCAAAGAAAUUGACGAAGCGAUUGAGUAUAAAAGGGCUGCAAUAGAGAAGAGGCACGUGCGGCUUGUUGAAUGGCAACAGUCAGUAGUCAAUGACGCAGCUGCUGCUGCGCUUUCCGCUUCUUCUGGGAAGUGGAGAAGAAUGCUUUGCGUUGAGAAGCUGAUAGCAAAUUCCUUGCAAAAGACAAGUGUUGAGAAUGUGGAAAAGUGGCAGUACAAGGAGGACACCUUUCAAAAAAUUCGGGAGGCAACUGGAAUGGCUGACGUGAUGGAAAUCGUCAACAAAUUUUUGAACCGAGAUGUAGAGAACCAGAAGCUCAAACUUUUGGCGGAAGAAGCAGAAAAGAAACUUGAGGGCUUUUGUUGGGACUGCCAACACUUCACGAAGAUGGGUCGAGUAGCCGUGUGCCAUGCUGAGGACGUUUCAGGCUCUCGAUGCACAGUCACAAUCCUGGAACAAAACAUUUCACGACCAUGCAGCCCGGUGCGUUCACAAUCACCCGUGGUACCUGGAAGCGGAGCUAUUUUCCGGUGCUACGGAGCUCAGGAUCUAUGGGAUUUUAGUGCGGAAUCGUCCCUAGAACAUUACUUUCAGAAUCUCCGAGAAAAAAGCAUACCAAAAUUAAUAGGUUUUCACGACAGUAUUAGGAAUAUCAGGAAUUGUAUCGGAAGAGAUGAUAAUAUGGAGGCACAUGACAGGUGUGCACUGAUCAUUCAACCUCCGGCUAAUGACACGGAGUGUCACCAGGAAGGUAAGCGCUGA